GGCCUAACUAAAUUGCAGUUUUGAGCUACAACGGAUCUUGAAAGCACCAAUGCCCUAGUUGGGGCUGCCUUUCCUGCUUGUUUGUGCAAGCAAGAAAGUGCUUGAUACUUGGAGCUCUUCCCCACACUCCUGUGGAUCCGCUUCCACUUAUCCCCUCUCCCUUCUGUCCCCUCCUGUUUGGAAGAGACAUCUGCUAUUUUAAUAGAAGCAUGGACCGAAGCACUUUUCGUAAGCCCGGCGGAGCUCGACCAGAUGUUUCACAGUGCAAGAAGCUAGGUAACAGAACAAGGGUUUCAAAAGAGACCUGCAGAGGUGAAAGUGAGGCUCCACAAGGCAAGCUCACAAAUUUGGGUGGAACCAAGAUGGAACAAUUGGUGAACUCUGUGAAAGACAAACUUAGAAGUGAAAUGAAUGAUCGAUUAGAAGAUAUGCUGAAACACCUACAGUUUUUGAAACAAAGACUCAGUACAUCUGUGCCCUACAGAGGUGAAAGUGAGGCUUCACAUGGCAAGCUCACAUAUUUGGAUGGAACCAAGAUGGAGCAAUUGGUGAAAUGUGUGGAAGACAAUCUUAGAAGUGAAAUGAAUGCUCUAUAUGAAGGUAUGGUGACACAUCUACAGUUUUUGAAAGAAAGCCUCAGAGGUGAAAGUGAGGCUCCACAAGGCAAGCUCACAAAUUUGGGUGGAACCAAGAUAGAACAAUUUGUGAAAUCUGUGGAAGACAAACUUAGAAGUGAAAUGAAUGCUCUAUAUGAAGGUAUGGUGACACAUCUACAGUUUUUGAAACAAAGACUCAGAGGUGAAAGUGAGGCUCCACAAGGCAAGCUCACAAAUUUGGGUGGAACCAAGAUAGAACAAUUUGUGAAAUCUGUGGAAGACAAACUUAGAAGUGAAAUGAAUGAUCGAUUAGAAGAUAUGCUGAAACACCUACAGUUUUUGAAACAAAGACUCAGUACAUCUGUGCCCUACAGAGGUGAAAGUGAGGCUUCACAUGGCAAGCUCACAUAUUUGGAUGGAACCAAGAUGGAGCAAUUGGUGAAAUCUGUGGAAGACAAUCUUAGAAGUGAAAUGAAUGCUCUAUAUGAAGGUAUGGUGACACAUCUACAGGUUUUGGAAGAAAGCCUCAGAGGUGAAAGUGAGGCUCCACAAGGCAAGCUCACAAAUUUGGGUGGAACCAAGAUAGAACAAUUUGUGAAAUCUGUGGAAGACAAACUUAGAAGUGAAAUGAAUGAUCGAUUAGAAGAUAUGCUGAAACACCUACAGUUUUUGAAACAAAGACUCAGUACAUCUGUGCCCUACAGAGGUGAAAGUGAGGCUUCACAUGGCAAGCUCACAUAUUUGGAUGGAACCAAGAUGGAACAAUUGGUGAAAUCUGUGGAAGACAAUCUUAGAAGUGAAAUGAAUGCUCUAUAUGAAGGUAUGGUGACACAUCUACAGUUUUUGGAAGAAAGCCUCAGAGGUGAAAGUGAGGCUCCAACAGGCAAGCUCACAAAUUUGGGUGGAACCAAGAUAGAACAAUUUGUGAAAUCUGUGGAAGACAAACUUAGAAGUGAAAUGAAUGCUCUAUAUGAAGGUAUGGUGACACAUCUACAGUUUUUGAAAGAAAGCCUCAGAGGUGAAAGUGAGGCUCCACAAGGCAAGCUCACAAAUUUGGGUGGAACCAAGAUAGAACAAUUUGUGAAAUCUGUGGAAGACAAACUUAGAAGUGAAAUGAAUGAUCGAUUAGAAGAUAUGCUGAAACACCUACAGUUUUUGAAACAAAGACUCAGAGGUGAAAGUGAGGCUUCACAGGGCAAGCUCACAUAUUUGGAUGGAACCAACAUGGAACAAUUGGUGAAAUCUGUGGAAGACAAUCUUAGAAGUGAAAUGAAUGCUCUAUAUGAAGGUAUGGUGACACAUCUACAGUUUUUGGAAGAAAGCCUCAGUCAGGAAGCAGGCAGCAGGAUUGAUUCCUGUUGUUCCAGAUCACAGAAGGCCACCAGCAAGAGUCAGUGCUUCGCUCAGAAGGAGCUUCCCAAAAUGGUCAGCGCAGAAGAGUUUCAUCAGAAGGAAGAAGAAUGUGAAAAGCUGAAGGAACAGAAAAGAGUCUUGGAGCAAAACCCUAGAUUGGAGCUUGUCUCGGCCAGUGCAGUGGGAAGCCAUAAGUUCUCUGAGAACUUGAAUGACCCCUGUCGAUUAUCAGUUGUGUUGGAGAUGUACGACAGGCUCAGGAUACAUGAAUGGGAGAAAGCCAAAUGUGCUGCAAGUGUCUUCACCUUUCCAAUGACGUAUGAAAAAGGUAGCACCAUAAUUAAGGCUGUGUUUUCCAUUUGUGAAGAAGACCUGUCACAAAGACUGGAGCAAAUUUUUGAACUCCUUGAGAUUCCAGUUUCGAAGAAAACCACAAGCCUCUUUGACAGCCAACAGCUGCCCCCUGGGCUGGCAAGAGAGAUAAAGAAUCACCUUAAAAAUCUCUAUUUUAACUAUGGAGAAGACUUUUACCAAGCCAAGAGUAGGCCUGCUCUUGCUCCUGAUCAACAGAGGUUUCAGCCACUUGUAAAGUUCACAGCAGAGUGCUACAAAAUUUACUGUUUGUUGCUUCUUCAGAACCUGCCCAUUAAAGCUGCGUGGUCCACAAGUAGAAGAAUCCCAACAGCUUCCAUAGAGCAUGUGGACAAUAAAGUGAUAGAAAGUUGUAUUUCAAUAAACUUUCUGUGGCCAAUGCUGACCUGUGAGGAACAGUUAAUUAGAAAGGGUGUAAUCUAUGAUUAAAAGUAAUGGCUCUUUGGAGUCAAAUUAAACCCCUGUGUUGAAAAGCAAUAAAAAACAAGUAA